GAUACCUCAAGAAAUAAAGUAAACGAAACAGAGGCCCGAAAAACGAGUGCAAUUUAGUGUAAUGCUGGCAACAGACCUGUAUGUGAUCUGUUACCUCACUACGAAGACAAGAAACACAACACUUUAUCCCGUUGUUGUGUUUCGUCUCAAGCUCAAGGAACACGUAUACGUACAUCACCUGCGGAGAAAACGCAGAGAUUCCGGUUUGCUUUCUGCGCAUGCGCCAUUACCUACAGCUACCUAGAGAGGUGAGGAGAAACACUCGCUGGCUACCCCAUGCAAGACUGUGAUGGAUUCGAUUUGUGCUGCCAAUUUACUAGUCCUUUCGAGCUCGCGCAAACUGCUGCUGUAAUGUUGGUGUUGUUGGAUAUUCGACUAUCGGUCUCGUACCUUCGGACAACAUGUUCCGAUUUCUGAGUAAACGCUGGAGUCGACAGGCCAGAGCUGACAAGGGGGGCACCCAGUCCACCAAGAAUGUCUUGCCCUGCAAAGUGGUACUACUGGACGGCACUGACCUUAGCGUCGACGUUCCGAAGAAAGCCUUAGGAUCAGUGUUGGUAGACCAAGUUUUCUAUCACAUUGAUUUGAUCGAGAGGGACUACUUUGGUUUGCAGUUCACAGAUCCAUUCCAUGUACAGCAUUGGUUGGACAUCACCAAACAGGUGAAGAAGCAAGUGAAAAUUGGUCCUCCCUACACUUUCCACCUGAAGGUCAAGUUUUAUUCCUCGGAGCCAAAUGUGCUCAGGGAGGAACUCACGAGGUAUUUAUUUUAUCUCCAACUGAAGCAAGACAUCCUGAAUGGGAAACUGCCCUGUUCCUAUGAGACAGCUGUGGAACUUUCUGCCUAUUCGUUGCAGUCCGAGCUGGGUGACUACGACCCGGAGCAGCACACACCGGAGUUUGUCUCUGAGUUCCGGUUCACUCCCGACCAGACGGAAGAGAUGGAGGUUGACAUCAUUUCUACCUACAAGGACCUGAAGGGUCAAACACCAGCCCAAGCGGAACUCAACUAUCUCAACAAAGUCAAGUGGUUGGAGAUGUAUGGUGUGGAUAUGCAUACGGUUCUUGGUAAGGAUGGACAGGAUUACUACCUGGGCCUGACGCCUACGGGCAUUCUAGUCUUUGAGAAGUCGACCAAGAUCGGCCUUUUCUUUUGGCCCAAAAUCACUCGGCUCGAUUUCAAGAGCAAGAAACUGACGCUGGUGGUUGUCGAGGAUGAUGAUGAUGGCCAUGAGCAGGAACACACCUUUGUGUUUCGUCUUUACAAUGCGAAGGCCGCAAAGCACCUGUGGAAGUGUGCUGUGGAACACCAUUCCUUCUUCCGACUACGAGAGACGUCCAGACCCCCAAACACGAGGCAGAACUUCUUCAGGAUGGGCUCUCGAUUCAGAUACAGUGGUCGAACUCAGUACCAGGCGACUCAAGCCAACCGCCUUCGUCGCUCGGUGCAGUUCGAGCGCAGGCCGAGCCAGCGGUACUCGCGGAGGACGCCGAAGGAACAGCGACGGGAACCUCCUGCGCCUCGUUCGGAGGUACCCUCCCCUCCACCUCCUGCGGCUACGAGUUCUGCCCUGCCAGAGAUUAUAGCCCCGGAACCCGCCCGGGCAGCAAGCCCUGCCUCAACUGGGUCCCCGGAGGAUCGUCUGGACACACUCAUUCGCUCCCUCUCCAAGGAGACGAGCAAUGCAUCGGACUACAAGAAUGAUCUCACGGGCUACAAGAAAAAGAAUGCCGUUGGCGAAGCUGAACCAGAUCCAGAUACCUUGAUAGAGAAACUGAAAGCCUUGGACAGCAGCUGUGCUACAACAGGUGCGAAGGAGGGCAGUUCUUCCUCGUGUGCCAUCAAGAACAAUCAGAUGAAGACAAGUGCCGUGCUGAAGCCCAUUCCACCAGACCAGAUGAAGUGCAACAUUCUCAAGGCUAAGGCUGAUGAGGAAAAGAGAAAAGUGUCCGGCCUUGGUGUGGAGAAGUUACCCCUUCUGUGUGCCGAUGGCCCCGAGGGUCCCCAGCAGGAAAAAUACAGGACUGUCAUACUCCUCAAUGGGGAUGCUCACGGACCUGGCAGCAAUCCUGUACCCUGUGAGACGCUUUCUAAGCCAGACGUUGAAGCAUGUGCUGCUACGGAAGCGGUUUCUGCUCUGAAUGGCAGCGCAUCGUCGAGCUUCUCCCCAGAGCAGCUGCUUAUUCAACUGGAUAGUGAGGAGGAGGUGUCCCCACUGCCAUCCCCUGCCCCCAGUCCCCAACUGCAGGAUCCCCUCCUGCAGGACCCUACCCUCACCCCAACCUCCGGUACUCCUGGCGACGUGGUCCUUACCGAAACAUCCUUUGCUGGUGCCAACCCUGUGACUCGGUCCCUGUCCUCCGCUGCCCCUCCCCGGGGCAACACUGCUGUGGUGGUGAAGCGAGCCGUCUCCAACGCCAGCCAACUGUCGCCAUGGCACGUGGGCGCGCCCCAGCGUUCGGUUGAGAGACGCACGGUCAUGACGACUGAGUUGUAGCAACCUACAAUCUGUUACUCUGGUGGGAAAGCAUUUAUUCAGCCACUGCAGCUCUGUUCAGCAAAAUGCAGACAUUUCGCCUGAACUCCAUUGAGCUGCUAUCCAAUGGGCAACGUUUGGUUAGAGUGCAAAAUGUACGCAUCAAGUCAUUUUCAACCGAGGUUCCGACUUUUUAGGCUAUUCAGAUAGUAACUUGGAGAAGUUGUGUUUCUUGUUAAUUGUCCGUAACACGUCCAUCUCGCAGCUAUUUGUGUGUUUUAGGAAGUUUCCGCAACAAACAGAGCCGACCAUAUCAGUUUGUAUUGCGUGCGACGCACUUAUGUUCCAUCAACAGAUCUAUUUUUACGGUUCAAGAUGUCAUGUUGUACUUCAGUGCUUUUUUGUGCUUUGACUAUACCUCUGGCAGAAUUAUCACAAACUUAAGUUUACACAAAGCCGUUAAAACUUCUUAGCCGGAAGUACAUGAAAUUUUGGUGUAGAUAUCCGGGACCAUUGCAGAGACAUACCACCACCACUUGACAACCACCGAUGCAUGAUGCCAAGGGCGCUGCUAGCUCUAUGCCUGGCACUGUGGCUGUGUCAUAUAAAGCGAGUGUGUUCCACAUAAUGUAAUGUAUUGUCACUUGUCCUGGUUUCCAGGUGGUGUCACCCUGGUAGGACAUGUUAGUUGCAAUUUAGUUCCAUGCAGUGGCAGCUUGCCUCAGCAACGGGCGCUACCCGUGCUGCAAAAGGUGAAAAUGGCAGCUCCCUGUGGUGCAUUCCAGUACGCACCUGUACCUAAAUGUUACCAUCGAAAAUUGUCCAACGGUGUGAGGCCUUCUAUUGUCCAUGAAAUGCUUCUGCCAUUGAACGUCUUCUGAUAUGUACAGAUAUAUUUAAGCAACUAUUUUUUUAUUGCUCUACACAAUGUGCUCUUCGAUUUCUGCAUGUUUGAAAUUGCUUCUAAUAUGGCAGCUCCUCAUUAUAGUAACGUGAGCGCAUUUUGCCUGGACAAGGCUGUCCUUUUCUACUGGGGUUUCAUUAGUGCUUCAUAGAGCUUUCUCCUAGCAUUUCGAAUAUGUACAUAUCAGUGUGGUUUGCAUAUUGUAGAUCAGCCGACCAAGUGAAUAUAACUGCGUAUGCCUGUUUUUGGACCAAGAGAAGCGUAGAGUUUAAACGGUGCACUGUGGAACGAUGGACAAUUGUAUUUAAUGUAGCUUGGCUUUGUACUCAAGAUGUCCUCCGUACAAAAUGACAAUGAUCCAAACAUCCGUCCGUUCAAGAACCCAAGUGCCAUUUUUUGACGGCUGAAUUUGUUUCGUUCAGCAAGUUUUACACUAAUGCUUGUCACAACCCAAUAUUUCUAGUACGAGAUACAAUAAAUGUGAUACAGUGUG